AGUUUCUAGUUCAAGCACACUGGACUUUCGCAUCCAUGGUGCCUUGCACUCCUGCGAAGCGCAAGCGCUCUUCUUCUCCUUUUUCCUCUCAGAAGGUUCCUGAUGGUGGCCAGCAACAGCUGACAGAUGUGGUCCUUCAUCCUGGAGAGCAACAGCAAGGAGAUGGCGUCCUUCAUCCUGGAGAGCAACAGCAAGGAGAUGGUGUAGAAUCUCUUGGGGCCUUUGCGAAUGCCUUGCGUGAGCAGAACCUUGAGGUUUUCAAGAAGCUAGAUCACCUGACAGCGUUGAAUCGCGUUCAGAAGAGGAAGGUUGUCAUGAAGAAGGGGGAGCUUCCGUGUGAGCGCGCUCUCUGUCUUCUGUGUGGUGCCAAAAAGCAUCAUGUCAAAUGGAUGUGCAAGGAUGGCCAUUGUACAGGUGGCACCUGCUAUGCCUGCUUCAGAGCUUCCAUUGUUUUGGAUGUUUCUCGGUCUCCAACUCUGAUAACAGAAAGUGGAGCUUCGGGGGUGGAGCUUCGGGGGUCUUUACGACCAUGAGUCACCGUGUGCGGGUAGGUUUUGGAGAUGCAGAUGUGUGUCGCUGUGCGACUUGUGUUCCUAAGAAAUCGAAGAAAUGAAUGGGAACACUUUUUGUUGCAGCCUUGCAGGGUAGGACAGUGCAAACGCACUGUCGUGGGGUACGCAGGGGCGGACAGUUUGAGGAACUUCCGCGGGAAGG